AUGAUUGAGCUAGUAGUAUAUUCUGAUUCUCAAGAAUCCCAAAUAGUAAAAUUACUUUUGAAAUAUUUAAACCUAAACGAUGUUUCCCUUACCUUAAGUACAAACAAAGAUGAGGAAUUAUUUCUCAAGUUACCUGGUGAAACUGAACCAGUUAAACAUUUUCCCUUAAUGUUGGAGCGCCUACUAAAAUCAUCUCCUCACGGCUCUUUAUUACUCCCUACUGAUCCAGAACUAAAGGCUACAAUGGAUUCCUUCGUCGAUUUCGGCUUUAAACACGGUUUUAACGUGUUAGAUGUUGAUUCCCUCAGAAUGCUUGAUAAUUAUUUGUUGAACGAGACGUUCUUUUCGGGUCCUACCAUUUCGUUGGCAGACGUAGUAUUAUUCGUUUCCGUCACCUACUGGACCUCUCGUUCUAAGUCAAAGGAGCGUAUGGAAGUACCAAAUCUCAUGAGGUGGUUUGAUCACUUGCAACACCUUCCAGAAUUCGCUUCAUGUUUCGAGGAAUUUAAAGUGAUACAACUUUUCGACGAAAAAUUGGUGAUGACUGAGCCCAAAAAAGGUAAACCGAGAGCAGCUUACCACCCUUCAGAAAAAGCUGAAAAGAAGAAGGAAAAGAAGGAGAAGCCAAAGGUUGAGAAACCUCCCGUUGAGACUCGUCCUUACGACGACGUUACGCGCUUGAAUGUCGUUGUUGGACUGGUAAAAUCUAUCAGAAAACACGAAGACGCUGACAAACUAUACUGUCUUAAAAUUGAUGUCGGCUCAGAAGUCAGGAGCAUUUGCUCUGGGCUUGUCGAUUUUUUGAUGCCCGAUCAGAUCCUGGAUAAGAAGGUGUGCGUUCUCGCAAACUUACCUAAAAAGAAUCUGAGGGGCGAGGAGUCAAACGGGAUGGUGCUCUGCGUAUCAAACUCAGACAAAAGCUCCGUGGAACUUCUGGAACCACCAGUGGAUGCUCCCGUGGGAGAGCGUGUGUACUGGGAAGGGUACUCCGGGGAGGCCGAUGAGCAGCUUUCCAGCAAAAAGGGAAAGGACACCUUUGCAAUGGUCCAAAAGGAUUUGAACUGUAAGGAGAACGUGGGAUUCUACAAGGUAUCCGGUGCCGAAUAA